GAGCACACAGAGAACAGCUCUUCCACACUGACACGGAGCGAACAUGGAACAAUAAAACACAUAAAACCCCUUCAAGAGGAUUCACACAAGACGAUUUGAGAUCGAGGGUCUCUCAGGAUGAGCGCUCGAGCACGGGCCGCUUCCCAGGGUUCCCUGGAGGAGCCGGACGAUGAGGUGGUGCCCUACAGCGACGACGAGACGGACGAAGAGUUACAGUCAGAAGAUGAUCUGGAUCGGAGUGAAGACCAGCUGCCAGAACCGGAAAUCGGACCCGCACCUGCCGCCGAGCCCGGUUGGAGCAUCCGAGCAAAUGACAGGGAAUAUUGCAAUCAACCCCAGUUUAAGAAGAAGGUCUUUCUGUGCAUCAAGAAAAGCAGAUAUUCUGGCAAUGCAAUCAAGACCUACAAAUAUAACUUCUUCACCUUCCUGCCGCUGAACCUGUACGAGCAGUUUAAGAGAGCGGCUAACCUCUACUUCCUGUGUCUGCUGAUCCUGCAGAUCAUUCCUCAAAUCUCCACGCUGCCGUGGUACACCACCCUGGUGCCGUUAGUGCUGGUGUUGGGCAUCACCGCCAUUAAAGACCUGGUGGACGACCUGGCACGACACAGGAUGGACAAAGAAAUCAACAACAGAAGGUGUGACGUGCUGCUCAAUGGCAGGUUUGUAGAGACCAGAUGGAUGAACCUACAAGUUGGUGAUGUGGUCAGACUAAAGAAAAAUGAUUUUAUUCCGGCCGAUAUUCUGUUGUUGUCCAGUUCAAAUCCCAACAGUCUGUGUUACGUAGAGACGGCGGAGCUCGACGGAGAGACGAAUCUAAAGUUUAAGAUGGGUCUCAAGGUGACAGACGAGCGUCUUCAGGAGGAGGAUCAGUUGGCCCGAUUUAAUGCGUUGAUUUUGUGCGAGGAGCCCAACAACCGUCUGGAUAAGUUUGUGGGAACGAUGAUCUGGGACUCUCAGAGUUACCCGCUCGACCUGGACAACAUGCUGCUCAGAGGAUGCAAGAUUCGCAACACGGACGUGUGCCACGGCCUGGUCAUAUUCGCAGGAAACGACACUAAAAUCAUGAGGAACGGAGGGAAGACCAGGUUCAAACGCACCAGAAUAGACAAACUCAUGAACUACAUGGUCUACACGAUCUUUGUGUUGUUGGUUUUGUUGUGCGCUGGUCUGGCCAUCGGACACACGUACUGGUACGAGAGCAUCGGCUCUAAGGCCUGGUAUCUGUACGACGGCCUCAACUACUCUUCAUCUUACCGAGGCUUCCUCAGUUUCUGGGGCUACAUCAUCAUCCUCAACACCAUGGUGCCCAUUUCUCUCUAUGUGAGCGUGGAGGUGAUCCGCCUGGGUCAGAGUAAGUUCAUUAACUGGGAUCUGCAGAUGUACUACGCUGACAAAGACACGCCGGCCAAAGCCAGAACCACCACACUGAACGAGCAGCUGGGCCAGAUCGAGUACAUCUUCUCUGAUAAAACCGGCACGCUCACGCAGAACAUCAUGGCCUUCAAGAAGUGCACCAUUACAGGACGCACUUACGGCAAUCCUACCAGUGCAGACGGUGUGGCACUGGAUCGUGAAAAGCCUGUGGAUUUUAGUUGGAAUAAGUACGCCGACAAGAAGUUCCAGUUCGAAGACCAUUUCCUCGUUUCCUGUAUCCGUUCGAAGAAGGACCCGCAAAUACUGGAGUUCUUCAAACUCCUGUCCUUGUGUCACACCGUCAUGGUUGAGCAGAAAGGGGAUGAGUUGGUGUACCAGGCCGCGUCUCCUGAUGAGGGCGCUCUGGUCACCGCCGCAUGCAACUUUGGGUUCGUGUUCCUGUCCCGAACACAGGACACCAUCACCAUCAUGGAGAUGGACCAUGAAGAGACCUACGAGAUGCUCGCUCUGCUCGACUUCAACAGCGACCGCAAGCGCAUGUCCAUCAUCCUGAGAUUUCCAGACGGUAAAAUCCCGUCAGAGACCGCUGAGAACAUCGGCUACUCCUGCCAACUGCUGACCGACGAUAUGAAGAUCCACUACGGAGAGGAUGUGAAUGUUCAGCUGAGGAACAGACAGACCCAAAGGCGCAACGACCCUCAAGGACGCAAUAAGAAGCUGAAGGAGCUGUUUUUCACAGAGCCCGGCAAGAAUGCCCUCGUCAUCACUGGAGGCUGGCUGAAUGAGAUACUGUACGAGAAGAAGAAGAAGCGUCGUCGCUUGCGUCUGAAGAAGCUCAGGAAGCGGCACACAAACUCCUCCAACCCUCCAGACAGCAGCCAGCCCGUGGAUGACUGGGAGAAGGAGAAGAGACAGGAGGACUUCGUGGACAUGGCGUGUGAAUGCAGUGCGGUGAUCUGCUGCCGCGUCACGCCCAAACAGAAGGCCAACGUGGUCAGUCUGGUCAAACGCUGCAAGAAGGCCGUGACUCUGUCCAUCGGCGAUGGAGCCAACGACGUCAACAUGAUCAAGACUGCGGACAUCGGUGUGGGCAUCAGCGGUCAGGAGGGGAUGCAGGCUGUGAUGUCCAGCGAUUACGCCUUCGCUCAGUUCCGUUACCUUGAGCGCCUCCUGCUGGUCCACGGACGCUGGUCCUACAUCCGCAUGUGCAAAUUCCUGCGCUACUUCUUCUACAAGAACUUCGCCUUCACCCUGGUGCACUUCUGGUUCUCCUUCUUCAAUGGAUUUUCCUCACAGACGGCAUAUGAAGACUGGUUCAUCGCUCUAUACAACGUUUGCUACAGCAGUCUGCCUGUUCUCCUCGUCGGCCUUCUGGAUCAGGAUGUGAAUGACAAAAUAAGUUUGCGCUGCCCGAAGCUGUAUCUCCCGGGGCAGCAAGGAUCGCUGUUUAACUACAAGAACUUCUUCAUCAGCUUGUUCCACGGCAUCUUCACGUCCCUCAUGACCUUCUUCAUCCCGUACGGCGCGUUCCUGCAGACCAUGGGACAGGACGGCGAGGCUCCGUCCGAUUACCAGUCGUUCGCUGUGGUCGCAGCUUCAUCGCUCAUCAUCACCGUCAACCUGCAGAUCUCGUUGAACACCUCCUACUGGACGUUCGUGAACUUUUUUGCGGUGCUCGGCAGUAUAGCCAUUUACUUCGGCGUCAUGUUUGACAUCCACAGCGCAGGAAUCCACGUCAUUUUCCCAACCACCUUCACUUUCACAGGCGCGGCGUCUAACGCUCUGAGACAGCCGUACCUGUGGCUGACCAUCAUCCUGACGGUGGGAAUCUGUCUCCUUCCCGUCAUCUGCAUCCAGUUCCUCUAUCAGACCAUCUGGCCCUCGGUCGGAGACAAGGUCCAGAGGAACAGGAAGAAAUAUGAGCUUGAGGAUGAAGAAGACGAGAGGAAGAAGAAGAAGCAGCCAGCAUUCCAGCGCGGCGGACGCUCUCGUCGCUCCGCUUACGCCUUCUCGCACUCGCGCGGCUACGCCGACCUCAUCGCGUCGGGACGCAGCAUACGCCAGCGGCCGCGUGUUCGGCCUGAGCUCAGAGAGAGCAUACGAGAGGUUCCUCAGGACGAGAACAUCUGAAACCAAUGCACUGCCCUCAGACACUCACUACCUGCUUAUGUGCCUUUACCCUGUCAUAUCUGAGCUGCCCAGCGGAACGGGCCAAUAGGAAGAGGCGAAGUGUCAUUUAAAGGGGAGGGACUAAUGAAAGAGCCAAUGGGAAAUGGGGUCGAAGGGCUUUAAAGGGAAAGUACAAGUAAACACUCACCGGUGACCAGGACUGGUUUUAACGUUGUGCACUGCGUACAACAAAUUGUUUGUCUCAGGUUUUUAUUUUUAUUUUGGAAUCACACAUUUGUCAAAUUUUUUUUGCACAUGUACAAUUCAGUGUCCUGCCCUUCGAAAGAGUGUGUGAAUGUGUGUUUCUAAUCCCAGCACCCAUUUAAAUCAUCUUGUUUUGUACACUGCCAAAAUGUUCUUACAGUAUUUUUGUCUUAUUUAUCAUUAAAAAUAUCAACACUUUCUUAUAGCAUUACAUAUUUAGUGUAAUACAAGACUAUAUAUACACAGAAUAUAUUUUGAAUUGCAUUUAUUUUUCUCACCUUCUU